UUCACUCCAAACGAUGACCCGCCGCCUGUCGCCAACAUCAAAAAUGGUGGUGUCAACUUUUUCAAACUCCUAACCCUAACCUUCACCUCAAACAGAUUAAAAUAAUCUGGACUAGAGGGUGCAGUACGAGAGACUGAGAACAGGUUUUCAUCACAAUGUUAGGUAUAAAUAGAGCAGAAAGAGAAAUGGAUGGUGGAGACAACAGUGUUUUGGAAGGAUUAGGCCCUUAAACACUUAAAUUAUUUCUAUGCACUGAGUGAAGAGACAAUGUGUCUCGUGUGUGGGUGUCUACUGUUGGCCUAUAAAUGCAAAAGAAUGUGUCCAAGUACAUGUGUUUGACUCUGUUAUACCAAAUACUUUUUUGGUUACUCAUCCCUGUGUUUGCAGACAGGCCAAGUUCUGGUGCUCAAGAUGUUUGCCAAUGAUGAUGGCAAUCUGUGUGUGCAGCACUGUAGGCACCAUGUGGGAUUAGUUUUGAGUGAGUGGAUUUUAACUGCGGGAUGUUGCGCAACCAAUAGUCUCAUCCAAAAAUCAGCAUCAUGUUAAAAAAAUACUCCACAGAAGCAUCUUGUCUUGAUCCCUAAAGUCUUUACUUAUUCAAGCAGUCAUGUUUAUAUUUAGCAACUGUAUAAAUCAGAAAUUGUGCAACACGUGCAAAUGAAUGAUAAUGUUCAGCAUACUGCACCAUGUUACAUAAACAUACUGUCAGUACUGUCAAGACCUAGCUUAUGAGCCAUGACAAAAGACGAGGAGAAACACUGUUUAAAAUGAAUGUUGUUACUAAAACAAUAACCAAAAAAACAUACUUAAUGUUAUGCAGUGUAUUAGUUAGUGUUAUCGGUGUGUCAGCGGAUGGAUGGGUGGUUGAGUAAUGAGUGGAAAGUGUUGUAAUGUGUAAAACCUUAACUAACAAGGCCAAAGGCAACCAAACGUGGUGCUGGAAGAAUUUAGAUAGAGAGUAUAGACUAAAACAGCCACAUCUAAAGUCCUCCUGGGAGACUGGCCAGCAUAUCAGUUAAAAAAAAGAAGGGAGCUAACCAAUUAACCAUGUAAACAAAUAAACGUGCCAAUAUCCAUAGUUUAAACACUGUCUGUCUUUACAUUUAAGUGAUUAGUAAGUCUACGAUACUAUUAUAUGGCUACACUUACUAAGACAAUUCUUUUACUUUGUCGAUCAUGUAACAUCUCAGUGAUGUCCUCUGGCUCUGGAAUUUCAGCUGACUCGUGGAGAUCCAGCAAGGCCUCUGCACCAUCUCUGGACUUUACCUCUCUGAUAACCAAGCUCAACUGUAGGAGCCCAGACUACAGACACACAGACACAAUAUUGUUUAAAGCACUAGGGCAGCCUAAAGAGAACAACUUGUAGCAAUGAGGUUGUGUUGCACCCAUGAAUCAUGUAGCACUCAGAAUUAAUUGUUUCAGUUUGCAUCAUUUAGGAUUUAAACUUUCUGUCUGAAACAGUAAAUAACAUAAGCAAAAUGUAUUUUAUGUGAUAAUAUAUUUAUACAACAAUACUAUAUUAUCAGACUUUAUGUAUGUUUAUGUAGUUAUUGAAUUAAGCCAUCAGGUUCCAUUGUAAUUACCAAAGAACAUAUAUAUAUGCAUUUUUUAGGCCUACAUUUUUUGAGUGUGAUCAGGUCAGUUUUUGUUUGUGUUGAACAGCACAGGGACAUAACACUAAUCCUAUCCUGGACACAGUGGACAGUACCUGCUUUUCCUCUCUCUGCUCCACCAGCUCUUCCACCUGUUCUUCCAGGUGUGUAGCUGUAUUCAAGGCAAAUUCUGUAAAGAAAAAAGGAAGGAGUAGUUUUGCAAACAAAUCAGAGAUCACAGAGGUCCCCAUAGGAAUUAAUGGACUUCAACUUGGCUCUUUAUAUAUACAGAGUUAUGUGAGAACAGGGGUCAGCAGUGCAUCUUUUUAUACUCCACUUUAGCAGUCACCAGUUUACAUUUACCAUCAAAUCAGGUGGAGGCAGCCAAAGUCAGCAGGACUUGGCCUGCCUGAAAGCAUGCAUCUAAAGCUUUCCAGCUGCAUUUUGCUGACAUCAUACAUAAACAAACUAUCACCCACCCCUUCUGUAAUCUGACAUAUUUCUGUGUUUUGUGAAAUGUGUUUCCGGACAUGUUGUGUUUUCUGAAAUGUAUUUGUUUUGUGAAAUAUUGUUGUGCUUUGACGUUCAGAGCCACCGCAUUUAACUCUUAUCAACAUGCUUUUUUCUUAUUUAACUUUAUAUUGUUUUUCUGAAGGUUUUGCUUUUGUCUAGCUUUUUGAAUGGCAGGAUUAUCUUUGGGGUUUCCUGUUAUUUAUUCUUCCUAUAGCCUCAUAAAGUACAAGCUCUUCCUUCCUUUUGCUUCUCUGUCUUUCUCUUCUCUCUAGAGAUCACUAAAGCUAAAAGCACGGAGAGAGCAGUCAGUGCUAUUGCUAAUGCAGUGUUAAUCCUGACAUGAAGACAAAGAGCUAAGUGAAUACUCAAAUAUGCAGGCACAUAGAGACACACACCUCUGACCUGCUAAAAGCCUCAUUGUUCUGACUCACCAUGCAGUUAUUUAAAAUAUCACUUCUUAGUGCUCCAAAUGCGCCAGUGUAACUCUUUUUAAUUUUGUGUAUUUUGUGUGUACUUCUCAGAGUAUUUGAGUUAACUUAUCCUGUGUGUUACAUCAUAACCUGAUCAUAUCACUUCUGCAAUGCAGCUGCAGAACCGGUCAAUACUUGUCUAGACAGAAGGGAUAAGCUUAGCUGUUAGAUGCUAUUACAGCAAUCAGAAAAAAGAAAAGGAGGAUAAAAACACAAGGUAUGAUAUCAUGAUGAUGUAACUAUAAGAUCAGUCUGGUCAAAACUGCUAGAGACGGGUCAUUAUUGCUGCAACAAUUCUGAUUUGAAACAUGAGCCCAGAUUUUAGUUUGAAAUGUUGCAGCACUGCAGUAACAUGGUGAAAUGAAAAGUGUUGUUGUUCACCUGGAACAGGCCACAAAGCAGGUGACUGUGCAACUCUCAGGAUUUCAUUUCCAGGACAAAUUAUUUCAAAUCAGGAUUAAACACAUCACAACAGCUUUAAUUCGGGUUAAAUGCUUCCAAAAAAAUUGGACCAUUGAGAUCACCAGACCUUGUGAGUUUGACAGUCUCCUUCUCAGUUCUCUUUGUUUUUCCAUUCAAAUGCUGCUUAAAAAUGAAAAUUUUCAGAAGGUGUUAAGAUGAUUCAAUUCACCUUAUCUCUGUUGCAUAAAUUAUAUUGAAAUAAUUGGAUUCAAGAGUAAUUGCAGAACAGUAUGGCAGACAUAGAGAGGAAUGUUUCUACAAAUUCCACAUCAUUGGUUUUUGGGAUAAACUACAGUAUUGCACCAUGCAAAUAUUUUUAAAUGUACAGUGUUAAUAUAGCUAAGCUUGGUAUGAUUUGAACCAAAUAACGCAGCCCUUUCCCCUCUUUUUUUCUUGCUGCCAAUAACAGUCUCUUAGCAACAGUGAGUCUUCACUGCUUGCCACAUGAGUACUGUCUAAAAUAUGUACAUUCAUGUUAAUAGAAAUUCAGAUUUUUUGUUAUUAUAGGGAAUCCAAAUGUGCAUAUGUGUACGCCCUCCUGAUCACUUGUAGCCUAUGUUUUUGGAUAGGUAUUCGUGCACAACAGUUACUAUGCAAAUCAAAGAGGAAGAUGCAGUUUGUAGGAAAGCUGUGAGCUGUCAAAUAGGUCAAAGUAGGAAAUGUGGGGGGAGAACAAGUACCGGGAAAUGGUGAUAAUGCUGAGCAGCAAGGUGAUAAAGGGAGAGAGAAACUGGAGCAUCACCCCUCCCUCCUGCUUCUGCCAUUUGAUGUUGAGACUGUGUUGCUAGGGGCAACCAUGUGAGCGAGAGAAAGGGAGAAAGAGGGAAAUGGAGAGGCCAGCUGGUGAGAGGGAUGGCAGCAGAGAGGCUUGGAGAAACACAGAGCGAGCCAAAUGGCAUCAGCAAAAAGGAGAGACCUCAUACUUCUGCAUCUCUUGCCUCACUCUGCCUCCCUUGACUGAGCAGAGCUGAUCAAAGCAGAGCUCCAGAUGAUGACGACGACAACGAAGCAAAACAGUCAAGCAGAGGACACGACAGCUUGCCAGCAUCAGCAGCACGGAGGCAAGGCUGCCCAAUCAUCAGCUGACAUGCUCCUGUUUUCAGUAGCCAAUGAGCUGCCAGCAGGCUCCUCCCCAGCACAACCACUCUGAUGCAGAGACAGCACAAGCCUGGCUCAGAUCUCUUAUUAAUGAAUGGAGCUGUUCCCAGGCUGCAUCACUGCACAUCUCCGCACUCUCUGCUCAGCUGCUCUCCGCUCUGGCACAGGAAGGCAGAGGAAAAACAUCAACAUCAGCAACAAGGACAGCAGCAGCACAGAAAGAGCUAAACACUGGCCAUGAAGGGACGACAAAGAAACACAGACUCCCACAAUGAGGACACAAAUGAGGACGUGGCAGCAGCUAUUAAAAAUGUCGACCCGCAUCCUGAUUUCCAGCCACCAGGUUCACCUUCUCCAUCAUCAUCUUCUCCUCCUCUUCCUCCAUUAGCCAUGCCACCUUCUACAUCUGCCUCUGCUCUCCUGGCACUGGCCUCUCCAGCCACCAGGCGCUCCAUUUCCAUGGGCGACUUCCGGAGGGUGACAGGGGCUCUGCUAGCUAGCUCCGAACCCCCAUCCACCUCAGCCACGGCCCCCUCCUCCAAGCUGGUCACCCCCAGCUCCAGCAUGGAGUUCGAGGCAGCACGACGGCGCCUCCUGGAGGUGGAGGAGCGUCAGCGUGUGAUCAGAGAGAUGGAGCGGCGGCUGGAGGAGCUCAGGGAGGUGUUUGUGCGCUCGGAACAGGAGGUGGUGGUUCACGGGGAGCUGGUGUCGAGGAUAUCUAGCACAGCCCAGCAGGGGGAGCUGUAUGUGGCCGAGAACAGCCAACGGCUGAAGAAAGGCCUGAGGUUCAAGAAACACCGACCCACCAUCGUCUUCACCUCCAUGCUUGGACUCCGUACAUGCCUCCCCUGGCCUGUGAAGCUCAAAUAGAACAAUGAGGCUUGCUUUUCCACCUUUUGCUUUAGAAAUGUGCUUUACAUAAACAGGAGGAUAGACUUCCAUUCUUUAGCUGUCACUCAUAGACACGGCUGCUCUCCAAUUUCCACCUUUCUGCUAUUGUAUCCUGAGGCUGGUCCUCCAGGUCUUUAGAGUGCCUACAAUAAUCACAAAUGCUACUAAGGAGCUUCCUGUUCAUUGCGUUUCUGAGGAAAUUCUCUGGCUGGCAAACCAGUCAAGCCAGUACCACUGCAAUGUGUACAGGAUGUCAUUAUGUUUUUAUUGUUUUCAGAUACUUUGCUGCUUGCAGUUUGCUGUGGUGUUGGACUGGAGGGAUAGGAGAGAUAGUUUAUUGAUAUAAAAUCCAUGGUGGGUGCAUGGAUGAGUCAUUUUCCAGGUGAUGUGGGAGAAGAGGUUCAGACUGGCCUGUGAGGUAACAAGAGCUUUGCUGUACAUCUCUUAACUUAUGCAGCAGUGGACGAAGAGCCACUGAGGAUUAUGUAACGUUAACCUUUUCAGUAGAGGAGGGGGGAAACCACAGGAGAAAGAGGGAAAGAAAGAGAGAGGAGAAUGACAAAAGCCUUGAACCAUUUGCCUCUCCUGCCUAUUAGAAGACAAAUGAAGGGCAGUGAAUGAGCACUAGAGGUGAAGCUAUGAUAGGGAUUGCUGCACUGUUAUGUAAAACCAAGGAUGCAGUAAAGAAGCAGGAAAUUGAAAAGUCCGACACAGAGAGAAUGCCCAAAGCUGCAUGUAAUUUAUAUGGCUACGAUAUUUACAGAAAACGUGCCUUGGCUUCUCCGUGACCACUCAUCCACCACCACAGCCACUGUUUUCUUGGCAGCGACAAACAAGGAAAAGCAAGAGAGCACGAGAGGAGUUCACACUGGGACAAUCCCACCUGUGGCCUCUUUUUAUUCAGUCACCUAGCAACCACUCAUCUCUCGAUCCUAAAUCCGCUUCCACAAACCUACAGAAUGUAUCCAGCAGCGCACUGUAACUACAACACUACGAGACAGCUGUAGAAGUCCCCUGAAGGAUUUAGGAAUUUAAGUUUCUGCUGCAUUUAUCUAAAAUAAAUUAGGACUGGCUAUGUAGUCAAAAAUAGUACUGAAGCAAGCUUGUUGAACCUGCUGACUUAUUUGAUGAUUAGCAGGUUGCACUUAAAUUAAGCCAUGCAUGCAUUAGCAAGGAAAGCUAAGGUAGGCCUUCGCUGUAUGCUGAUUGUGUCUUGGUGUUGAAUGUUGGCAAGCUUUUUAGAGCUGCAAUUUUGCCUCUCAGACCAACUCCAGUUUAGUGUGUAGUUUGCACACUAUCAGCUUCACUAGUAUCACAUCAUUCUAAUCAGCUUUUUUGGAGACAUGUUUAGAUGUUGAACAAUGUGUUUUCAUUCAGGGCUUGUAUAUCAAAGCCAAUGUUGCAAUUGUUCAUGCACAUAAGUAUCUUUGUCCGAUAUGCAGUGGAUGACCUGAUUUCUACAUAUAGAUCACUGUCAUUUUUGGCCUAAUUCUUCUUUUCCUUCCUCCCAUUCCUCAUGUCUUUGGAUUAGGGAAUGACUAAGUAUCUCUUUUGUUCAUCUAUUCCACCAAUCCCCUGCUUCAGCUGUAUAUGUGUGCGUACGUGUGUAGAAACCACAGCCAAUACACCAGAGAUAUCUAUUUUUGGCAUUCAAAGGUUAUGGCAGAGAGACAUGCAUUCAAUCUCAGUGCAGCUGGGGAAAAAAAGCACAUAUAGCAAUGUGAGUGUGCAUGUUCGUAUCCAUCUAUGUGUGCUACUUUCCAAAAGAACGAAAAGGGAUUUCUGCAAGUGCAGAAUCCCUGGUGGUGCUUUGUUUGCUCUCCUAUGAUAAAUGACCUCACUGAAGAACAAAGGCUGUUUACAAGAGAGGCAUAUGCCUUUACUGUAUAACUGCUCACUGUAGGUUUCCAUUAAAUCAUCUUGUGCAAUUAGAUAUUCCAAUUUUAAUUGCUCCCUCGCUGCAAAGAGAGGCAUGAUUGGGACAUGUUACUGCAUCAUUUGAGAUGCAUUAGAGUUAUCUGUUUGUCUUUGUAUGAAAAAAUCAAGAAUGGUAAAAGAGGACAACGAUGUAUUGCUUUGAGACCAGGCUGCCUGUAUCAGGGACCCCACAGGCAAAGUAGAAGGAAAAUGUGAUGCAUGUGAAAUUAGAUUUUAAGAUUAAAUGCCCGAGUUUUGAGAUGUGAUGCAAAUCAAUUAGAAGGAGGCGACAGGUAAGCUUUGGUUAUUUUGUCAUUUUCAUUAUAAGGGCUUAAAUGAACAGUUUGUCUGAGUUGAUUUGGAUCACAGUUAAAGGGGCACUCCACAGAAAGAUAAUAAUAAUAAUCAAUUGCUUUGAUUCUCUCUUAAUCUGCUCCUCACCUGUAUUGAGUUGUAAUACUAAAUUGCCGGAGUACCCCUUUAAGCACAGAUAAUGUCAGAGAUUCAGUGUUACUGUUGAUGUUCUCAGCUUUCAGAUUUCUGAUAGCCAUGAUGACUUUAUCAGUGAAUGUUGACUCACUAUAUUAGCAUUCCACACAGCCAAGGGAACUACUGCUUUCUGUCUUUGUACACAUCUAUACCAAACAAUAUUCAACUGAAGUCGUGGCUAUAGAAGAGUGCUUAUGCAGAAUAAAAGGGUCUAGUAGGCCUUAAACAUAUAUUCAUGGUCCUAUGUAUACAGCUAGAGUUAUUACUGAAUAUACAGCUGGCCUAUAUAUUGCUUUUUAAUAUGCCUUAUGCAACGUUCUGCAUCGGCAGUUACAGUUAUGAUGGUGAUAAUACCAAUGAUAAGGGCGAUAGUAAACUGGUGAACUCAUGACCAUCAUAGCCCUCAUCCAGAAACAUCAUCUGGUCAGAAGAAAAAAAAAAAGAACACAAGUCACACACUGUUGUUGGAGUGCACCUUUUGUGUUUUUUUCUAUGAAUGAAAAAGAAGACUACGUUUCCCAAAGAUCUCUGGGCCCACUUGCAGAAUGAAUGUAAUGUUAAUUGUUACUCAAGUGUUUCUAUUUUCUCCUGAACACUGAAUAUCCAGUAUAAUUACAACACUUUGAACCUGUGGUUGGCAACAAAUCAUCUUGUAUUCACUUCUUGUCUGUGGAAGUAUAUUUAAGGUCCAAUGACUGCAGGGCUGGGGAACUACAACUAUUAAAAUUACAGCACUAACAGCCCUUUACUGACACGAAUGCUGGUCAACCACAGGUCCAACACCACCGUUCUGAUGUUUAUUGAUCCUUUUGAAUGUUCCAAUAUUUUGUGUUUGUUUAUGUGACGUGUGGUACAAUAUGUAUUUAUGUUCUGGUCGACUAAGCACAGAACUUUUUGUUUUCCCUAAAUCAGGUGUUUCUUACCUUUUAAUCACUGUAUGAUGAUAUUUUUGUUGCUUGAGAGCUGUAUAUUUUACUUUAGUAAGAAUGUUAAGUCAAAUUUUCCUCAGAAAAUGUUAUAUGCUUAACAGUAACAGCAGGUUUGGAGUCAAUAUGCUUUCAAUUCCAAAUUUUUAAAUGAAACAGCUAUUUGCAUAAUUACACAGCCUUAAUUCCAAAUAUUCUUUGACAGAUUUAUGGUUAUGAGAUGAAUCCUCUUUUCAAAUUUAAUUGAAAAUCAGCUGGAUGGAAAGCUAUUUGUGUCCAAACCUUUCUGAUGUACUGGCACAGCUUUUGAAAAGGCUCUUGCUUUCUGCUGUGCAGUGAACGAAUGAAUGUUCUAUGUUUUAUGCUUAAAUUUGCUACCACUUAUUUAAUUUUUUGACAUUAUCAUUUACUUGAGCACAGACCUACAAUGUACAAGACAACUGUAGUAAAUAUUAAAAGGUAGAUUUCAUUUUGAGCAUCAUCAGGUUUUGUAAGAUAGGCUGAAUUAUUAGAAUAAAUGGACUAAAUGACUAAAAUGUUGUUGAUUAUUUAUUUAUUUCUCACGCUAGAAAGAAAAUCCUAAAUGGGUUAAGGGUUAGGGUUUGCCGUUCUUCUUGCUGCUUGCAUGAAGUAUUCAUUUCUCAGGUGGGAUCUCUAAAUAUUACAUCUUCUGCAGUUAUGUGGAAGGCCUAGGAACCAUUAGGGUCACCUUGCAGCAGACCACAGUAGCACAGCAGUAUAGUACCCAAUCAGCAGAAAACCACACUUUGGUGUAGCAAGAAGCUGCAGGCCAGAGAGGAACAAACUGUGACAAAGCUACACUGGCAGCAUGCAUCCAGUCAUACGGUGUCAUUUAGUCAUUUGCGUUGACUUCUUGGCUGAUUAUUUAGUUAAGUGGAGGUUAGAUAACCCUCUGUUCAGAUGUUAAGGGCAGAAUUACUGGAAAUAUAUCCCACUUCCAAGUGCUCAUUAUUGCAAGCCAGGAUUUGUGAAGUUACAUUAAGCUGAUGGUUUUAUUGUUGGUCACUUAAUGAAAGGCAUUACCCAUGUAGAUGGGUUUUAGACAGGCAGAUCUCAGUAUCUGGGGUAUUAGAAAGUUAGAACAUCCUCUAUAAUAUUUUAUUUUUAGAGCUUACAGACCCUGGUGCACACAAACUUGAAAAUGCUAAUAAUGGACCCAAGCCACACUUCUCUUCCACCUGGGAAUGACAUAAAUCUAGAGAUUAGUGCAGGCUUUACUCUGCAUUUCAUGGAUUACUAUUAUAUUCCACAGCGUGUACAUUACAUUAAAUUAUAUUUGUGUGUGUAUUAAUACAUGUAAAAUGAGGGAUGGAUGAGGGCAUUAGUGAAUAAAUGCAUUUACUAUACAGUACAGAGUGCUUCCUGUAUACAUUGUAUGCAUUAGAAAAGACAGGCUGGUCAAAUGGGAGAAUGCAUGUGUGUGUAUAGGCUACUCAGCUGGAAGAGUAGAAUAGGCUGUGGCAUGCAGCAUCAUUAUCCCAGCCGUUAGUGAGGUAGCCGGUUAUGUAACUGACAGGUUGGAAUUUCAUCAUCCUGGCUUUGGGACGGAGGGUCAAGGCUAAGUAACAUCCGGAUGGAGGCAAAAUGCAGCUGGAAGGAUGGAGAGGUGGAGGGAAAACUGCCAAGAGAGACGGAUAAAGAAAUUAAGCUUUAGGGAGGCAUAAAGGUAGGAUGAGUCAAAAAAAAAAAAGCUAUGAAAUGGCAAUGGAAGGGAGAAGUGCAAAUGCAACGGUCAGUUUAUAUACUAUACAGUCUGAACAGUGAAGUUUUUUUAAAUAAAUAAUUAAAGCAAUGUGUGGUUGCACUGAACAUAACAGGACUCAGUACCUUUGGUCUGCAUUAGCACCUGAGAGCCAGCCACACUAUAUUACACUAUUUGACUCAUGCCAGAUACAUAGAUAGAUAUCACCUAAUUUACAGCACAGAAGACUGUAUGGCACUUUAUCAGACAUAUUCAAUGAGCUAAUUUACUAUGGCUUACAUCUGACAGAGGUCCUACUUACAGUUUUAGUAUAAUGUAGUCAUUGACUGCCUCACAUAUCUAACACGCCUGUCUCAUGAUUUGUUUGCUUAAUAAUCAAAACUGUAGCAAGACAACAUGAGCAGAAACAGUGACAAGCAAACAGACUCCUCACCAGUUUGUUUAAACUCAGAAAUGUUUCACAUUAGGUGAACACCUGCUGCCUUCCCACCUUUACUUGUCACUGUCAGUGUUUGUUUUCACUUUAGUGAGACAGGAUCCUUUUUGAACGCUCAUUAUGCAACUGUGCCUAUUCCCUUGUUUCUCUCCCUCUCUGACAGCCAUUUAGACAACUAAUGAAACAGAACAAAGGACACGUGGCAUCAGAGGACAUUAAAAGUAACACUGUCUGUAAUGAUACAUUUGUUUGUAAUGCAUAACAGAUUAGAAAACGUGAUAUACACUGUACAUAUAAGUGGACAUUUUUAGACAAGUAUGUACAACAAAUUGUGUGGAACUGCUGUGAAAUGUGUUACAUUU